AUGUGUACAUACAUAAGUGUUGUUCUUCAAAUCAGUCUAAUUGCAAGACUUCAAAGAUCUCGUGCAAGAUGUGGUUCCCAGCAUCCUCCUCUACACUCUCAGGUUGUCUAUCAAGACAAUGUCAAGAAUAUCUCACCGAUGUCAUCCAAAUCUGCUUCGAGAUGUAGUACAUCACGAUGCUUAUGCAUUCAGUUGUUGGUUCUGUUGGCUUUAUUGGUACUAGCAGCUGUUAUCAUCCCUAUUGUUGUGUUAAUAUUAGAGAAUCAAUCGUCAACAUCACCCUGCGCUGUAACAUAUUUUCAGAGUUUUACUGCCUUUACAACUCAAACCGCACAGUGCACAGCAUGGCAACAAUUCGCUGCGAGUUUGACUUGUACGAGCUAUUCGAAAAUGCGAAUCUAUGGUUCGAACGAUCCAAUUGGCAUCACAGUCACUGAUCCAAAUACUGUCACUGCUCUUGCAGUUGCCUUACGCUACAAUACUACCAUCGUUAUUAAUAACAAUGGGAUAACAUGGCGCGUAUGGCCAUGCAGCAGUGGUUAUGAAAUCACUUCAUCAGGAUGUUCUUGCUGUUGUACAACAGGCUAUUACACAAUAAGACCAUGUCCUUGGAUUAAUGGAUAUUGGGGUGGCAUCGCCUCAGCGUCAUGUAAUGCAGCAUCACAAACGAUGUCACUUUCUUUUGCAUAA